CCGCUCGGAACUCUCAUGCGCCUGCGGACACUCACUCGCGGUUUCGUCGAUUACGAGAGAGGGGAGCAAGAGCGCGCGGAGUGACCCGGGAUACUAGGGCACAUCUCAUCGGGGGUGGAGUACACCUGGGCCUUGCUGUGGUAGUGGGGAGAGGGGGGGGGAUAGCAUCGUCGUCGUGAUGAAGGUCCCGAGAGCGGCGUGCUGGCUCGUGCUGCUGCUGCACGGGGCACUGCUGCUCCUCGGCACGGGGUGUCGCGGGUCGGAGCCCGCGGAGACGCUCUGCGCGGGGGACGCGUGCUACGCGCUGCAGUUCGGCAAGAGAGACUUCGACGAGGCCCAGGAGUUCUGCGAGGGCAAGGGGGGCAGCUUGACCACGGCGAGGAGCACGGAGGAGGCCGCGAUGCUGGAGACCCUGAUCUCGAGCUUCGAGGCUAAGAGACCGACGCCUUCGCCGCAGGGAAAGAAGACGCCCAAAACCAAGGUGUGGAUGGGACUGCGCAGGAGGAGGCGGCAGUGCGUCGCGCCCAAGAAGGCGCUGCGAGGCUUCUCGUGGGUGAACGGCGACGACGCGGGGAGCUACUCCAACUGGGCCAAGGAGCCGGUGGAGUCGUGCACGGCAGAGCGGUGCGUGGUGCUCUCCUACCGCUUCUACGUCGUGCGCAAAACCGGCGAGGUCGACCUCAAGUGGGAGGAAGGCAACUGCAACGCGCAGACCGAGUUCAUCUGCAAGUACACGUACGCGCACAUGUGCCCGCGGCUGGCGCUGCAGGGGCCCGGGCACGCCGUCUACACGACGCCCUUCGGAGCCACCAGCUCGCAGCACUUUCUGGUGCCGGUGGGCUCCACGGCCGAGGUCUACUGCGACCACACGGAGCCAGGCAGCAGCGCGACCUCGCGCUCCGUGUCCACGUGCGAGAGUCACGGAUGGUCGACGCCAAGCGUGUCGUGUCCUCCGCCGGCGGAGCCGUCCGCGGGGUGUGGAGCCAACAACGGCGGCUGCGACCACAUCUGCAGACCGGGGUCACACGGAGACGGCGGCGGGGGUCACCGCUGCCAGUGCAUCCCUGGCUUCAACCUCGGCCCGGACGGGCGCACCUGCGUGUCUCCGGCCGUAGCCACGGACCCGUGCCUGUCGAACCCGUGCUCGCACGAGUGCGUGCCCGGCGGGCCCGGCGAGGGCUACGCGUGCGCGUGCCCGCCGGGGUACGAACUCGACUCGGGGUCACGCGCGUGCGUCGACGUGGACGAGUGCUCCCCGGAGCGGCCGUGGUCUGCGUGCGAGAUGCUGUGCGCCAACACGCCGGGCUCGUUCGAGUGCUCGUGCGUGGAGGGCUUCGUGGUGGACCCGGACAACGCGCGCGGCUGCGUGCUCAGAGACGCGUGCAGCCUGCGCAACUGCGAGCACGGCUGCGAGACGGGCGACGUCGCGGGCGACGCGGAGUGCCGCUGCGACCCCGGCUACGAGCUGGACGAGGACGGGGAGAGCUGCAGCGACGUGGACGAGUGCGAGCUCGGCCUGUGCGACCAGCUGUGCGAGAACGCGCCGGCUGGCAACUUCACCUGCGGCUGCGGCCAGGGCUACUUCCUGGGCGAGGACGGCAGCAGCUGCUUCCUGGCCACGGAGAGCGCGGACUACGACCAGAUGAUCAAAGACUUGGGCAGACUCUACGAGGACCGUUCGGAGGCGGCGGUCGUCGGAGGCGCCGCGACUUUCGCGCCGGGGUCGCUUUCAACGACGUGGGGCGACGAGCGACCGCGCUCCGUCGCGAGCCUGGACACCGCCUCCUCGGCUACGCCACCGACAACUUCCCGCUCGCGUGUGGGCGUCCUGGGGCAGAGAGAAGAGGACGACGCGUCGAACGGGCACGGCGUCGCGGACAGCACGUGGCUGACCGUGGCGACGGUGGUGGCGGUCGUGUUCAUCCUGCUGGCGGUGAUCAUCUCGAUUUUGGCCGCGUGCCGCCACCGCUACCACCUCCGCCGGCGCCAACGCGAGCAGGAGCAGAGCAAGCAUUCGGUGGACGAGCUCUGGAUGGCGGUGCCCGAUUCUGUCCGGUCGACGCCGGCCGCGUCGGCGGGGCCAGCGAGCAGCCCGACGCGCGUCAGAGACUCGGAGAACGGGGCGCGGGCUCCGAGUCAGGCGGACGAUCAGAGCCGGGGGGGCCGAGAGCUGUCUGGGCAGCGAGAGCCAGGAGACCUCUCGCUCGUCGAGGUCAAUGGGGGCAGCGGCCACGUCGGCCACGCCACUAACGCCCUCUCCGACAUCCUGAACGAGGACGGCGGAGGCGAAGUUAUUGUCGUCGAUUAGAGGUUUACACUCGCGUCGGUAAACGCACGCGUCCGUGUCGUCCGUAACGAAACAAAAAAAGAACACGUUUUAUUUGCAGGCAGCAGAUGUGGGUCAUAUAUACAAGGGGCUUAAUUCAGUCGGAGUUGUCCAAGGAUGAGCUCCGGAAAAUACAACCUUACCUACUCACUCCUGCCCUCCUCUCGGGGGGCGGGGCGGGGGGGUGCUGGAAACAUGUUCAGUGACAAAUUAAGCCCUGGUCACACAAAUGUGUGUGUGUGUGCUUGUGUACGCUCGCACAGGACAACACUUGUAGAAUUCAGUGUGCGUACAAAGUACGAGAGUCGGUGUGUUUGCGCGCGUUACCUCGCGGUUUGAAUGUAAAGCUGAUGGCGCCGUAGAACACGUGCGCGGCUCACGUCAUACAAUAAACACACGCGAGCCCCGUGUCUCAGCGCUGAUAACACUCGUCAAAUAGGCGCUUCUCUCCCUCCCUCUCUCUCUCUCUCACCUCCCCCCACCGCCGAUCGCCCACUAUGUAGUCAUCGUUGUGUGUAAACAAAUGUUUAAGCACCGGUGUUCAAGUCUAAUGUCGUAGCGCAUGCAUUUUUAAAAUCGCGUUCAUCUCGUUUUAAGCGGACAAGCAAAGCCAUCACUGGACUGUAAAAGCGAACAGCAAGCUACGACCAAAUCACGAUACACGCGCCCGAUGUUGUCAAACAUCAGAAGCUAAGCCGGUGUUGGAUCUGGUUAGGACGAGGAUGGGAGAUCCGGGUGCAAUGUGUGGUGGGUUUUUCUCCGUGAGCCAAACAAAGAAUGAAUGUCAUUGGCCGAACGCUGGAGCGCUGGUCAAGACAGAAGGUCAAGACGCAAGCCCGCAAAGUACCCUUCUCGUGUCACCGCUAGCAGGAAGGGGCAGGGGUGAUUAAAAAAAACACUUUACUGGCCCCAAGAGACUCGGCGAGGCUUUUCCGGUAAAUAAACGAAUCAACAACAUUAUCAUUAAACUGCGUACAUUAUAAAAGCCGACACCACAAAUGUAUUUACGUAUGGAAGCUCCGCGCAGACACGUCCUGUAUGUAAAAUGAAUGUCCCUUCACACAGACUCUGACACAAGAGCAGUCACAUGCGCUGGAUAUCCGUGUAAAAAACAAAGCUUUAUAGCUCAUCGGGAUUUCUCCAGUAUAAAUAUUCUUAUUCUCGUCCUCACGACCCCACACGUGGUCAACAUUUGGGCUGAGUUUCUCACUCGAUAUUAAUAAAAAAAAAACACUGUUAGGCAGUCGUGUAGUGUGGGGGCGGCGUAAGGCACUAUCACUCAAAGUAAAAUGUCCACCUAUCUAUAAUAAUAAAAAAAACAGUCCUGUAUUAUUUGACAACUCCAUGCCUACAAUCGUAUGAACAGGUUUGACAAAAUAAAAUAUGUAAAUACAUAUGCAGGUUUCUGCAAAAAAUAUUUCGGGUGCCAAAACACUAAUUUGCGCAAUAGCAUUCCAGACUGAUGUGCCCGAGUACUGCUUCGUGCUAAUAUAAAUAGAUGCUCGAACGCGUUAAAAUUUCUAUCUAAUUUGCAUAUGAAUGGUGGGGGGAGGGGUAGGAGUUAACG